AUUCCGCCAUAUUGAUCACGUGGUUCUGUGAUGUCACGUGACAUGUACACGCUUGUGACGUCGAUCGGAACACGGUUAGAACAAAAUGGAGGAGUACGCAAGGGAGCCGUGUCCCUGGAGGAUAGUUGACGACUGUGGCGGCGCCUUCACCAUGGGGGCGAUAGGUGGAGGGAUCUUCCAGUCUGUGAAGGGCUUCAGAAACUCACCUGCUGGAAUUAACCACAGGUUGAGAGGAAGCAUGACCGCCAUCAAGACCAGAGCCCCCCAGCUGGGAGGGAGCUUCGCCGUGUGGGGUGGCCUCUUCUCCACCAUCGACUGCAGCCUGGUGCAGCUGAGGGGCAAAGAGGACCCUUGGAACUCCAUCACCAGUGGAGCCAUGACCGGAGCCAUCCUCGCCGCUAGAAACGGCCCUGUUGCCAUGUUAGGCUCCGCUGCAAUGGGAGGCAUUCUGCUGGCGUUGAUCGAGGGAGCAGGCAUCCUGCUCACCAGGUUCGCCUCCUCACAGUUCCCUACAGGCCCCCAGUUUGCAGAGGAGCCCGCGCCCCCCAUGCCCGCCCCCUCCUUCGGGGACUACAGACAGUACCAGUGAGAGCCGCUCACACUCUAGACCUUUUUUAUUCCAUGAACUCGUGACUGGGACUUCACCACACAACCAGGGGAAAUGUCACGCGACUCAGACGUGUCCUCAAAUGCUAUUAUAAAAUUAUGGGAUUGUGACGGAAGAAAAGGACAAACACACACACACACACACACACACACACUUUUUUCUUUUACCAUAAGCUACAAUAUCGCCUUUUUGCUCCUUGGCCUUGUCUUUUGCUCGUAGUUCACCCCUCCAUCAGCAUCAGCUGAAAUGUUCUUUAUCCGGACCAAGGAAUUGCCUUCAGCUGCAAGAUGUGUUUGGUGUGUGUGUGUUGCAGAUUGUGUUACAAACACACACACACACACACACACACGGGCUGAAGCAGGCAGUGACUCAGACACACUGCCACGGUCAUGUUGUCUUCACUCUUCUAAUGUUUGUGUUCUGUACAUAAAGGCUGUCUGCAUGUGUGAUGUGCUGUUGUGUCUGCCUCAGCGCCCCUGUGUUUGUAGCCUCUAGAGGCCAUUGAGGGAACUACAGCUGUUCUUCCUACUGAAAGAGAGCAUGGGAGAAAGUAACAGUGGAGAAAUAUAGCCCCUUUUUUUGCGUAAAGCUGGGUUCUAUUUAUUUUUUUUGAAAAGAGAUAACCUAUUCCACAUGACAUUUUAUUCUAUGUAGUACUCAGAGAUGAAAACUUGUGUGACUAGUUUUGUCGAAGGAUUUUUCAGACAGAAGGGUGUACAGUCCAAGCAGUGUUGCACACUGGGUUCUGUUCUUCUCUGGACUGAGAGUGUGAACGAGUCUAAGAGACAGACUAGAGAGGGUAAAUAAACACUCAUCUGACACA